AUGCGCUCGACUCUGCCGCUCAACCUGCGGCUACUCGCGCUCCCGCUCUCCCGCCCCAACGGCGACCCGCCCCGGUUCCUCCUCCACGCCCUGCGCAGCUCGCUCGCGUCGUCGACCAACGACCUCCCGACCACGACUCGCUACCUCAACAAGGCCAUCAACAAGGCGGCCGACCUGUGGGCGGGACUCGGCAAGGCAGACGGCGGCUGGAAGAAGAAGACCUACCUGACCGGCGAGCGCCUGAUGGACCGAAUCGAGUGGGAGGAGUGGGCUCUGAAAUCUCUCGACCCGGCCCUCGCGCCCAAGCUCCUCCCCUCCCUCUCUGCGCCCUCUUCGUCGCCUUCCUCGUCGUCCGGCGCGCCUGCACCAGCCGGCGCCGGCGCCGGCGCCCCCUCGUCGACCGCCACGGCCGCGCCGCUCCACGCCGUCGCCACGACCAAAGGGCGCCAGCCGCGCGAGACGGUCGAGCUCUUGUACCCGCCGAGCCUCCUCCCCGACGAGAAGGCGCUCCUCGACGCCCUCAAGGCCCAGCUCGACCACCGCGAGCCCCAUCACCGCGGGCUCAUGUACCGCUGCCUCAUCCUGUCGCCCCUGACGUGGCCGUUCGCCAUCAUCCCCGUCGUGCCCAACCUCCCGCUCUUCUACGUCCUCUGGCGCGCAUGGUCCCACUUCCGCGCAUGGAAGGCGACUCAGUACCUCGGUUCGCUCAUCGGCUCGCCCUCGCUGCGCCUCAAGGCCUCUCCCGAGCUCGACGAGAUCUACCGCUCGGCGACCCCGCACGCCGUCGGCGACCUCCUCCUGACGCCCGAGCGCGUCCCGCUCCUCGUCAAGCGGUUCCGCAUGACGGACGAGGAGAGCAAGGAGCUCGAGCGUGCGGUCGGCCAGAGCGAGAGCAGGUUGAGGCAGGCGAGGAGCGAGGCGCACCCCGAGUUGGUCAAGAGCGAGCCGGAGCGGGUCAAGAAGGACUAGACGGCGCCUCCCUCCCCCCCUCCUCCCUCUCUUACUCUCUCCCUCUCUCUCUCGAACUCGCACAUAGACUCGUCCUCGUGUAGCACUACCGCCCCCCUUUGCCAUUACUUGUCCUCGCACUUUCCCCCUUCCUCCUCUCGCCGCCUGGCGCACCUUCGCAACUCGCAUUCUCUCGUCCGUC